AUGUAUAACUUAGACACAUUUUUAGAAGUAGAACCACCUGCCUUAGAGAAGAUUGGAGAAGUAGCAGCUAAAAUUGCUUAUUACAAUUUUGAUUGGCGGUACGUAACCUUGGUGAUGUUUAAUGCAGUUCAAUAUACACUUGCGUUAGGGACGUUUCUAAAAUAUUAUAAGUUGUCUGUUAAUAUAAACCGAGGAAAAUAUAUUUCUCACCGCCGUGUGCAUGUACCUCAAUUUGUAAUUUUUGGUCAAGAUGCCAAUGAAAUUGUUGAUACUUUAAAAUGGUUGGAUAAAAUGAAAUAUGAUAAUUCUGGAAAAUAUAUUAUUAUAUGCACAACAGGUGAUUACGAACGAUGUGAAGAAGACAAAAUUUUUGUUACUUUAUCAAAUUUAAGAAUCGUUAACGUUAUAUAUAUGAGAGGAGAAACUUGCGAAGAUUUCUUGUCGUUUUCCUAUAAUAUUGUCGUUCCUGAAAAUUGUUUGAACAGUGAACCUUAUUCAGUUUAUCUCGAGAAAAACUGUACUAACGAUGAGUGUUUUAAAACUGUCUUUUCAGAAAAAUUAAAUAAUUUGUACAAAUGUCCACUUAUUAUAUCUACAUUUGAACAACCGCCGUUCAUGUAUUUGAGUAAUGAUACUUUGGAGCCUUCUGGCGGUGACGGAGACAUUUUAAGAAUCCUGAUCAAUGCUUUAAAUGCUACACUAGAAAUUAAGUUACCAAUUGAAGGAAACGAUUUUGGUCACUAUGAAAACGGUAACUGGACUGGUUCUUUGGGAGAUGUUUUCAAUAGACGUGCCCAUCUAUCGGUAUGUUCACAGCCCUUAACUACCGACAAAUAUGAAAAUUUUCAAAUUUCUUUUGUAUACAACUCAAUGGAUAUAGUUUGGACUGCACGAUUGCCUACUGAAGAGCCAGCAUGGCAGAAGCUUUUUAAUCCCCUAGAAGUGGAUAUGAGAAUCGCAUUAUCCUUUACAUUUCUUGCUGUAGUUUUACUUAAUUCAUUAUUAAGAAGUAGCUGGUGGCGCAGAGUUCGAACAAUUUUUAAUAUAGGAUCCACACGAUUUAGCUUAUUGUUUUAUUCGUGGACUUUAUUUUUAGGUGUACCAAUAUUAAGAAUGCCAACAAAUCGUCCAUUCUUAUUGGUCGUCUUUUCAUGGAUAUGGUUCAGCUUCGUAAUUAAAAGUGCUUACCAGGCAGCUUUAAUAAGUUCUUUGAAAAAACCUAGUUAUAUAGACUUCUUCCAGAGUUUCAAUGAUGUAUUAAAAGCGAAAUAUCCUUACGGGGGCUUAGGAACAUUAAGAGAUUAUUAUGCGGAAGAUCAAUAUGUAUACGAUAACUGGGUUCUAAUGGAGUUUGAUGAAGCUAAUGAUUUUCUUGACAAAGCUUCCGAAGGAAAUUCCGAUUUCGUUUUGGCAUUUAACAAAGAAAUUGUCAUUCAACAUUUGAUAGAACAUAACGGGGUGCGACAUUUGCAGAUAUUACCACAAAAAAUUGUUAAUAGUCCAACAGUUAUGUUUCUUAUAAAGCACUCCGUCUUAGCUAAACCGAUUAAUCGCGUUUUGGAAAUUUUAGUGGAAGCUGGAUUUUGUCAAAUCAUGCACGCUAAAUAUUUGAGACAUAAGAAAUUUUUGUUUCAGUUAAGUAUUGUAAGUGAAAAAAAGGCUCUUACCUUUGAAAAUUUCAAGGCUUGUAUUUUAGUGUUAGCGUUUGGUUGGUUUCUAGCUGUAAUAUUCUUUGUAGCUGAAGCAUAUUGUGGUAGACUUUCAGAUAAUUAA